AUGGUGGAUGCUGUGGACUUCGAGAAAUAUGCUGGACAUGAUGGGUCCCGGUGGAGUGGCAAGUCCGUUAUGCGACAAUUUCUUGAUGACAAGAUCUUUUUCGAGUGGAACACAGGCGAGCGGAAUAUGAACUACGACUUUGGCAACAAUGGCCGUUUGCCAAUGGUUUUCUUGAGACAAUUGGAUCGUGUCAAGAGCCAGGACGCCUCCAUUGAGCAUUGGAAAAUGGCCGACAACCAUGGAUUUAAACACCAUUUUGCUGUCAAAAGAGUCACGGCGCGCAAGAUAUCUAGCCGGAAGAAAGCCCAAGCCGAAGUUGAGAACAUGAAGACGUUCCGGCACCCACAUAUCGUCGUCCUCCUUGGCACGUACAGGUAUCAAGGACUCCUGAACAUCAUGAUCUUCCCAGUGGCUUGCUGUGAUCUAGGCGAUUACAUGAAAAGCAUCUCGAAAAAUUACACAACCCACCAACGUCAAGUUAAGACAAGCUCCGCGCCAGAGCCUCUUGGUCAAUGUGGGAGAAUUUACACAGAUUCCCUAGACGUCAAUUCACUCGACAGCACGGGCUCUCCUGGUGACUCGGAAGAGCCAGAGACCAUGCAGCUACAACACCAAUAUUCAUGGCCACUCAAACAACAUUUUGCCGCUCAACUCAAGCAGCUUGCCAAGUACUUUGUGUGCCUGUGCCAGACACUCAGCUAUGUCCAAGCAGCCGACGUUCGCCAUAAGGACAUUAAGCCAGCAAAUAUCCUGGUCGACCUGAGCGGAAACGUGGUGCUCACAGACUUUGGUAUCUCACGACAUUUCGACAAGGGAGUCGCUCACGCGACAGAAGACAAGCCAAUUGGCACGGCGAGAUAUUCCUGCCCCGAGCUAGGCCUCAAGAAAGAGCGGGAUGACUACUCGGAUGUGUUCUCUCUGGGCUGUGUGUUCAUCGAAAUGGCGUCCCUGAUCCUUGGACGAAGUCUUCGUGAGUUUAAAGCGUAUCGGCGAAGAACGGUGAACGAGAAAUCCAACUACGACUAUCCCUUGACGUUGGAGAAGGUACACAGGUGGAUCGACAUGCUGUCCAACACCACAGUCAGCUCUCCAGAAGUGUGCAAGGCCCUUCCACCGAGUUUGAUCAUCGAAGUCGUUGGAGCCUUACCAAAGAUUAAGGAAAUGCUGGACUUCUCGCCCCACAAGAGGCCGUCAUCCCAUGGACUCUGGACUGCUUUUGAUUUUCCUAGCCUCGACUUGUGUGAAGACUGCAAUCCCCGUCAUCCAGGUGCCUGGCCGCUAUCGGCCGAUCAAAAGCUUGCAGAGGAGAAGACGAAGAAAACACGCGCUGUUCAACCCAGAAUCCAAGCUAAUCGAACGAGUUCGGUCCAGUCGAUACCCGAAGAUAGGGUCCCAGAAGUGGUGUCGAACAGCCAAGAAGCAGGGAAUACCCUUUCUAGGACCCGUUCGCCAGAUCAAAUGCGCACGAUAGAGUCCGUGCAAUUCCCAUUGCCUGCGCAUCGACUGCCCAUGCAGCAGCCGUCAUCACUAAAGAAUGUUACUGCGAUGACUCCACCUACUAAUGAAACUAGUGCAGAUAACGGACUGUCUAUAAAUGAAGUUGAGCCGGACUUGAGGUCCUCAGGUGCGACCAAAAACGUCGCGUUCGCGGAAGCCGACCACGACCCUGCAGAAUUGGCCAACAAGUCUCGAGAUAAGACCAACCCCAACGCUGCAAAUCUGCCAGCUCCCAAUGGAGCACCUGUGUGGACUGGGAGACGUCGAAGACCAUCAAAGCCGUCAGUGGUCGCCUCAGAGAACGACGCAACCAGGCAGAACCACUCAGCCUCACGAUCUUCCGAGGAGCUCGAACAGAAUCUCCCAAGGAGAGCAACUGACAAGAGCGAAACGUCGUGGGCCAGCGACUCAUCAGGAAGAAGGCGGCAGCGUUAUAGAAGGCGCCAGAGAAACACUUCCUCCGCAACCAACAUUAUCGCCGAAGUCCCCGUAAAGCCUGACGGCUCUGCGAAACAGCCACCGCUCCCCUCAGCCGGUAACUCGAACCAUGCAAUGCCGUCAUCCACGGGACUGGGAGGCAAGACCGGGGCGCGAAGCACCCCGAAUCCACUGCCCGAGUGUGACCAUGAAGAGGAUAUCAUCCUGUUCGACGUUUCCAUCCCGAAAGUGUCCAUCACCAAGUUCAAAGUGUUGCGCGAUCACGUCGAGAAGCGUCACCGCGACUGGCGGCGCUAUAAUCUGCCCUCGGGGGCACUGUUCUUUGAUGCGAAUGAGAACGACAAGAGCUUGAUUGAAGCUCGUGCACCCUUGGGGACCCUGGGUUGGUGGGUCAACAAUGUUCGCCGGCGGUUCUUCCCUGGGCAGCUGUCGUAUAUUUACCUGAUUAAUUUCACCAGCGCAUGA